AUGGCUUCAGAACAAACAUUCCGCGCCACGACCACGGCACCGGUCAACAUCGCCGUGGUCAAGUACUGGGGCAAGCGUGACCCCAAGCUCAACCUCCCCACCAACUCGUCCCUCUCCGUGACCCUCGCCCAAUCCGACCUGCGCACCCUCACAACCGCGACCUGCUCGUCCGACCGCCCCGCCGCACAGGGCGACAGCCUGAUUCUCAACGGCGAGGAGUCGGACGUCUCGGGCGCUCGCACCCAGGCCUGCUUCCGCGAGCUCCGCGCCCGCCGCCGGGCCCUCGAGGACGCCGACUCAUCGUUGCCCAAGCUGUCGACCUUUGCCCUCAAGAUCGUCACCGAGAACAACUUCCCCACCGCCGCCGGCCUCGCCUCGUCGGCAGCUGGCUUUGCCGCCCUCGUCCGCGCCAUCGCCGACCUGUAUCAGCUCCCCGACAGCCCCGCCGAGCUGUCCAAGAUUGCACGCCAGGGUUCCGGCUCCGCCUGUCGUAGUCUGUUUGGCGGCUAUGUUGCAUGGAGGGAGGGCACCGCGGCCGACGGCUCCGACUCGCUGGCUGAGCAGGUCGCACCGGCGUCUCACUGGCCCGAGAUGCGGGCUAUCGUGCUCGUCGCCAGCGCCAUGAAGAAGGGUGUCAGCUCGACAUCAGGCAUGCAGCAGACUGUCGCAACCUCGAGCCUGUUCAAGCAGCGCAUUGCAGAGGUGGUGCCCGCCAACAUGAAGACCAUGGAGGAGGCGAUACAGAACCGGGACUUUGCCGCAUUUGCCGAGGUCACGAUGCGCGACAGCAACUCGUUCCACGCGACCUGCGCCGACACCUACCCGCCCAUCUUUUACAUGAACGACACCUCGAGGGCGGCGAUCCGGGCGGUCGAGGCCAUCAACGCCGCGGCUGGAAGGACGAUUGCGGCCUACACAUUCGACGCCGGCCCAAAUGCCGUCGUCUACUUCCUGGAGCAGGAUGCUAAGGUGGUUGUGGGAAGCUUUGCCAAGAUCGUGGGUGACGUGGAUGGCUGGAAGGAUGGUGCAAAGGACUUUGCCGCCGAGGGUGUGGCGAUAGAUGAGGCUGUUGCUGGUUUGUUGAAGAAUGGCAUUAGCAGAGUUAUCAUGACUAGCGUUGGCGAGGGCCCUGUCAAGUCGGAUCAGCACUUGGCCUGA